AUGCCUAAAACCAAUAAAGAUAUAGAGAACCAGAUUCAGCUGGCAAUAGAGUCUCUCUCUGAGCAAUCUAAGCCUAAUAUUAGGAAGACUGCGCGAGAAUUCGCGGUUCCUGAAGGCCGUCUUCGUCGGCGCUGGCAAGGUGGAAAAUCGCUUUUCCAACGACAACCUAAUGGCCGGAAGCUUAGUAUUGCACAGGAGAAGGCUUUAUGUGAAUAUAUUGAUUAUUUUGAUGCGGUCGGAGCAUCAAUAAAUCGCCGUCAAAUUGCUAUUGCUGCCGAUUCAAUUCUGGAAGAAGAUCAUACCGACACCACCACAGAUCCCCCACAAAUUGGCGACCAUUGGCUAAAGCGUUUUCUUAAACGGUAUCCUAAGUACUAUAUACGACGUCGGCGAGCUCUUGAUGUUGAAAGAGCUACUGUACUGGAUAAAUCCGUUAUAGAGAGAUGGUUUUAA